UUUUGGCUCGGCCCUUUGCCAGGGGAGGCUUUAAAAGGAUGGUGGUGUGUGCCAGGGUUCACUCUCUCAUCAGGACUUCCUGACCUUAAUUGACGCGAGGCAAGAUGAAUCAUCAUUGUACUAAGUUUUCUGGCCACUGGAAGAUAAUUGUAUAUGAUGAGGAGUGCUUCCAGGGUCGCCAUCAUGAGUUCACCUCUGAGUGUUGGAAUGUUAUGGAUUUUGGCUUUGAGAGUGUCCGCUCUCUGAGGGUAGAAAGUGGAGCGUGGGUGGGCUACGAGCACCCCUCUUUUCAGGGCCAGCAGUUUAUUCUUGAGCGUGGUGAGUACCCCCAAUGUGAUGCCUUUGGAGGAAGCAACGCUUACCAUAUUGAGAGGAUGACCUCCUUCAGGCCAGUCUCUUGCACUAACCACAGGGAGAGCAGGAUGACAAUCUAUGAGAGGGAGAACUACCUGGGCCGCAAGGGGGAGCUAAAUGAUGACUACCCCUCAUUGCAGGCAAUGGGCUGGUGCCACAAUGAAGUAGGCUCCAUGCGCAUCCACUCUGGAGCGUUUGUGUGUUACCAGUACCCUGGCUACCGUGGAUAUCAGUACAUCAUGGAGUGUGACCGCCAUGCAGGCGAGUACAAACAUUUCAGGGAGUUUGGGUCCCACUGUCAGACUCCUCAGAUCCAGUCCAUCCGCCGCAUCCAGCAGUAACCUGACAAUUCUCUGCCAACUUACGCCACAAAAAAAAAAAAACCUCCCUAUUGAUCUGUGCUGAAAUAAAAUGUCUUUCUUACAGCUCAGACUACA